ACUUUUUGGCUCAUGUUGUGUCAUUAAAACUCCUGUUAACAAAAUAUAUGUACAUUUUAGCUUUGGUGAUAAUUCAUUUAAACAAAGUUGCAUGGGCCAAAAGGAUCUUUUUCCACUUUUCGUGAGAGGCGCGCCAUCGGUAUUGCAGCUUAAUGUUAACAUAUAUUCAUUGUCAAAUUUCUUAUUUUCUUGAUGAGAUCGUAAAACAUCUUGUAUAAUUGAUCCUGUACACGUAGGAGCUUGAUUUGCCUCAUGAAUAUUUUUCAAGAUAUCAUUUAGAAUAUCGUCAUUGGACAACAAAAUUUCUAAUUGAUAGGGUAUGUCUAAUGUAAUGAAGUAAUUUUCCGAAGCCGAUGUUAUAGCAGCUUGUUUCUUACAUUUAUUGCAAACUUUCAUAUAUUUACUUUGUUUCUCUGUUGCAUUAACUGAAUGUAUAACUGUACUUAAACAUUGCAUACAAUAAUAAUGAUACGUAACUUUAUCAUCUUGAGCAGAGAAGCAUUUAGACAUUAUGUACUUCGAUAAAUUCAGUUGCUCAAAUUUAGGACCAGCACAUAAUUUGAACAUAUUAGCUAACGCCACAAAACAUUCAUCAGAAUUAUUAUAUCUUAGAGAAAAAGCAGUGCACAUUAAAAUUAUAUCACGUACUUUCAUACCAGACUCUAUGAACAUAAUAUCAUCAACACUGGCGAACUCAUUACCAUUAAGAACAGCUGAAACUAGUCCGCUAAGUUCUCGAGCAAAGAAUACAGCCAAAGUUUCACCUUUGGAUGCAGCUUCUACUUCAAAUUCAUCGGACAAUCAGAAAGCAAGACAGUCUUUCAAGGAUCCGCUACAGGAUGAUGUUCAUGACAAGAAUAACGACAGUGACUCAGAUAUCUCAAGUGAGAAAGAGAACAAUAAUAUCGCUAGUCCAUUUGAAACAGAAGAUAUCUUAUGUGAGAAAGAGAACAAUAAUAAUAUCGCUAGUCCAUUUGAAACAGAAGAUAUCUUAAGUGAGAAAGAGAACAAUAAUAUCGCUAGUCCAUUUGAAACAGAAGGUUUAUUUUCAGACCACGAAGAGGCAAUGGAAGAUAAUCCGCAAAUCACCAACGGAAUAAGCAAAAAUUUUCAUUUAACUGGUAAGAGUCAACAAUACAAAACUACUGAUGAAAGUACUGCAGAAAUCACAACUCCAUCAGGUUUCACGAGUACAGUAAAGAAUUCUGGCAAAGUUGUUAAUGAAGAAAAAAUCAACCGCAGCUUAUCUCUUUUGAAAAUACCGGAAAAUAAAGAAAAUAGUCAGGUGCAACGUCGAAAGAGCAUGAGCAGUACUCUUUCAUCAGCUUCACCUUUAUCUUCGAAUUCCGCAAAUGUUUUCGGGAAAGACUCGAAAGAACAAAAUGCUAACAAAAAGAGUAACCAGAGGUCAAAAUGUACGUCUACAUCAAGGAAAGAAGAAAAAACCGAAGGAAGUCAUACCAAUAAAACAAGAAGUACUGAAAAUAUAAUGCAGGAUAAUUCGAAGAAUAGUGGUUGGAAACCAAAAGACCCAAACCACUCAACAAUUGAAGGCAACGAAAAAAAAAUCAAAAUGACUACUGAGAAAGCAAAAACGGAUUUAAAGGAAGUAAAACGUGAACACGAGAACCUACGAAAAAAAUAUGAAGCUACAAAGAAGGAACUGAAGGAGGUGCAAAAAGAGAAUGAACGUUACAAACAGCUAAAUUUUGAUCUACAAACAGAAGUGAUUGAAGUUUUUAAAGAGCAGAAUGUUAUUGAAAAGCAACUUAAAGGUUCAACAUCCAAAGCUACUGAUGCUUCCACCAUAAAUGCUGACCAUAAUUUUGCUCCCGUUGGUUACCACAAAAAAUCCGAUGAUACGUAUCACAUUGGACAUAAUGUAUGGUUAAAAUCAGUACAGUUUAAUAAUAUCAUGUACAACUCCAAAAGUCCCAGGAAAUGCGUUGGAAAUACUUUGAUUAGUUUAUUUGAUUUACGCACUCUUCUUGUCAGUACGGCUACCGGAAAGCUAAGUAAUAAUACCUUAGGAAAAUUAAAAAAAGGAGGUGCUAACGUUGAUACAAAGUGUCAGAAAUUAGAUCCAUCAAAACUGGCUGCUGUUAAAACACUUUACAAUUAUUGGUUAGAUCAAGAAUAUAUAAAACAUCCGAAUGUGACUGAAGCAAUGUGUUUUCAAGAGAUUGCAUCUUUUCACGAUCAUGUGUCCGCUGAAAUCGCUUACUUAAAGCGCGGUACAAAGCCAACAAAAGGCGCACGGGCUUCAAAAGGAAAGAAGAGAUCUGCUUUAACAGAUGAUACUGUAGCACCGAAAAAGAAAAGGCAAAAAGAUGAAAAUGGAGAUGCUAUAGAUUUAGAAAGAUCAGAUGAUCAAUCGAACGAUCAAAAUACACAAGUAGAACCCACAGAAGACGAAAAAAAUAACACUAAAGAUGAAGAAAACUUGAAUAAUAAAUAUAAUGAUGAAAACGAUGAAACUCUUAAAGGCCAGGAAUACGAUAGUGGCAGCAGCACGUGUAGUGUAAGAACUUCAGAUCUGGUAUCGUCAGAAGAAGAAGAAUAAUUUUAGAUUUACUUUUAAAAUAUUUUCAACUAUUAUUCAAAUGUUAACUUUUUAAUGAUUAAAUUAUGUUUCGUAUGAA